CCCACACUCAUCAUACUGUAUAUAGCAGCUGCUACUGCUGCUGGUGGCUCCUUCAGAGGUAAGGGCACGCACGCACUGACCCAAUGCGGCAACAGUCGAACCAUCGGCCUCUGGACACCUUCUUACCAACAUCAACCACGCACUAGCUGAUCCAACUCCGAGGUCGAGAUGCCCUCUCUCGACCUCGAUCUCCAACCUCCUUGAGACUCGGACUUUUCUUUCCUUUUUUUUUUCUCUCUCUUCCGGUCCAGGGGGGCCAGAAUCAUCUCCCGCUUCGCCAUGGUUUCCAAGACGCCAAAGGCAUUCGCCGCUUGCUCGAGCAACAACGUCCUGAGCCUCUUCGCCGUCCCCGCACACCACACAUCGAUAACGUCACCACCCAGACCACGUCCACCGCCGUCCAUCCCCGUUCUGAAGCAAACAAACUCUCGAUGCUACGCGACGGUCGACCGCAACGACGCCCACCAUCCCCUGAACGAUUCCGCAAAAACGGCAAAGGGUCCCGGCAAGUCCGGCGGCCCUCCCUCCUGGCCGGCCUGCGCGAACCCCACCCCCUACGACAUCUUCGACAUUGACAAGGCCGCCCCCUACACAAAGUCCCGCUUCGCCGAGCUCGUGAAGCAGUACCACCCGGACAAGCACCACGCCUCCGCCCUCGACUCGCUCCCCGCCCACACCCGCCUCGAGCGCUACCGCCUCGUCGUCCUCGCCAACGAGAUCCUCAGCUCCCCCGACAAGCGCCGCGCCUACGACGCCUUCGGCGCCCACUGGCAGAUUCCCGGCGCCGCCGCUGGCCCUGCCGGUGACCCCCGCGAUAUCCACGAGGUCUACCGCGAGGCCGACAAGGCGUGGCGCCGCGCCGGCGGCAACCCCUCUGCCAAUGCCACCUGGGAGGACUGGGAGCGCUGGCACCACCGCCGCGCCAACGGCGGCGCCGACCGCCAGGCCCCGCUGUACAUGUCCAACGCGAGCUUUGCUGCCCUCGUCAUCGCCGCCCUCGCCGUCGGCACCGUCGCCCAGACGACGCGCAUGGAGAACUCGUCGGCCCACAUCCUCGAGAGGAAGGACGCCCACGAGGCCCACAUCGCCGAGGCCCUGCGGAGGCAGGGCGAGGCCACGGCCGGCAAGGGGCGGGAGGAGCGCAUCGAGCGGUUCCUGCGGGAGAGGGAGAAUAUCAAUUUCGGCUUUAUGCCGGCCAAGCUGGACGUGCGGCCUGCACCGGGCGCAAAGUAGGCAGCACAAGGUGGGUUGGAAGUAAGAGGGGAGGCCCCCCCCC